AUGCGUGCAUGGGGAGAAGCGCAAGAAAAUCGUCCCCUGCAGGUGCAUUACACAGCCCCAACAGUUUGGGCUUGGCGGGUGGGGCGUGCGAGAAAAAUUGCUCGGUUUUUAGACUACCUUCUGGCGCUCUUUCCUUUUGAACCGCCUUACUUUGAAAAAGAAGGCCUAGCAACCACUUUUGUUGGACAUCCCAUUGUUACAAAGGGCAUAGAAGAUAGCGAUGCAAUGGCUUUUCGGGAAAAAUAUGGUUUGGCAAACGACCAAACACUCCUUUGUCUUUUGCCAGGUAGUCGCCAGGGAGAAAUUUCUCGGCUUUUUCCUGUUUUCCAGGUUGUGGUAGAGCGUCUUCAGCAAGAUAUACCUGACUUGAAAGUUGUUAUUCCAGUUGCUCCAGGAUGUCAAGAAACGAUACAGUCUCUCUUAGGAGAAGCCGCUUGGAGUCCUGUUUUUGUUGAAACAGAAAUGGAAAAAUAUCAAGCGAUGUGUGCGUCUCAUGCGGCUUUAGCCGCUUCUGGAACGGUUGCACUAGAACUUGGGAUGGCGACAUGUCCUACGGUGAUUGCUUAUAAAAUGGCGCCUGCCACAGCGUGGAUUGGUCGUAAACUGGUUAAAACACCUUAUGUGAGUUUAAUUAACAUUCUAAGCCAGAGUUUAGUCAUGCCAGAACUGUUACAAGAAGCUUGCAGCGUAGAAAACAUUGUACACCAUCUAAAGCCUCUUUUGAGUGCAACGCCUGAAAGAGAGAAACAAGUUUUGGAUCUCCAAAAGGCGCGUCAAAGUUUGUCGGCAUCAGUUUCUAAAAAACCGAGCACUUAUGCAGCGCGGUCUGUAUUAAAAGUGCUAGAAGCUUGUUGA